GUGUCCUGAGAGCGAGAAAGAGACGGCGCAGCGGAUGUGACGACGGUUUUGCUGCUCCCGGAUUUAGUUGGUGUGCUGAUAUCGGCCGAAGGGAAAGAUGUCGAUAGAAAUCGAGUCCUCAGACGUCAUACGUCUUAUCAUGCAAUACCUGAAAGAAAAUAGUUUGCAUCGUACAUUGGCAACACUGCAAGAGGAAACGACUGUGUCUUUGAACACUGUGGACAGUAUAGAGAGCUUUGUGGCUGACAUUAACUGUGGACAUUGGGAUACAGUCCUGCAGGCUAUUCAGUCUUUGAAACUUCCAGAUAAGACACUCAUUGACCUCUACGAACAGGUGGUUUUAGAAUUGAUUGAACUUCGUGAGUUGGGAGCUGCCAGAUCCCUUCUGAGACAGACAGAUCCAAUGAUCAUGUUGAAACAAACACAACCUGAAAGAUAUAUUCACUUGGAAAAUCUCCUAGCUAGAUCCUAUUUUGACCCCCGUGAGGCAUAUCCUGAUGGCAGCAGCAAAGAAAAAAGAAGAGCAGCAAUAGCCCAGGCUUUGGCUGGUGAAGUGAGCGUGGUACCGCCAUCCCGUCUUAUGGCACUGCUUGGACAGGCUUUAAAGUGGCAGCAGCAUCAGGGACUUCUUCCACCCGGUAUGACCAUUGAUUUGUUUCGAGGUAAAGCAGCCGUGAAGGAUGUGGAAGAAGAGAAGUUCCCCACUCAGCUGAGCCGGCAUAUUAAGUUUGGGCAGAAGUCGCACGUAGAAUGUGCUCGCUUUUCACCAGAUGGUCAGUAUUUGGUGACUGGGUCGGUUGAUGGAUUUAUUGAAGUAUGGAACUUCACCACAGGAAAAAUCAGAAAGGAUCUCAAGUACCAGGCACAAGAUAACUUCAUGAUGAUGGAUGAUGCUGUGCUAUGUAUGUGCUUCAGCAGAGAUACAGAAAUGUUAGCUACAGGUGCACAGGAUGGCAAAAUCAAGGUGUGGAAGAUUCAGAGCGGCCAAUGUUUAAGGCGAUUUGAGCGUGCUCACAGUAAGGGUGUCACGUGUCUUAGCUUUUCUAAAGACAGCAGUCAGAUCCUAAGUGCUUCUUUUGAUCAAACAAUAAGAAUCCAUGGUUUGAAGUCCGGAAAAACACUGAAGGAAUUUAGAGGUCAUUCUUCAUUUGUGAAUGAAGCCACAUUCUCACAGGAUGGUCACUACAUCCUUAGUGCGUCAUCGGAUGGUACAGUCAAGGUGUGGAACGUGAAGACUACAGAAUGUUCGAACACUUUUAAAUCCCUUGGAAGUACAGCUGGAACAGACAUCACAGUCAACAGUGUAAUUCUCCUGCCUAAAAACCCUGAACAUUUUGUUGUGUGUAACCGAUCGAACACCGUUGUUAUCAUGAAUAUGCAGGGGCAAAUUGUUAGAAGCUUUAGCUCUGGUAAGAGAGAAGGUGGUGACUUUGUUUGCUGCACUCUGUCGCCCAGAGGAGAGUGGAUCUAUUGUGUUGGAGAGGACUUUGUGUUGUAUUGUUUCAGCACAGUGACUGGCAAGCUGGAGAGAACUCUCACUGUUCAUGAAAAAGAUGUCAUUGGGAUUGCUCAUCACCCUCAUCAGAAUUUAAUUGGUACCUACAGUGAAGAUGGACUUCUUAAAUUAUGGAAGCCAUAAUAACAAGAACUCCCCAUUUUAGAUGUUUUGUUUUUGUUUUGCCCUGUAAUGGGACCAGGGCAUUGUACAUUAUAUUUAGUUUUGGUAACAAUAGUAAAUGAAAAUACAAAACUUAAUGUGACUAUUUGAUCUGCAUUUUUACACCUAUAUCAUUUCAUUUAGUGUAUUUUUUCAGCUUUAGGAAGGUCUUUGCUGUUUGUUAAUUUUUAUUUGGGGAGGGUGCAGGGGGGUUAUUUUUCCUUAAAGUUGUACAAAUGAACAUUUUUAUUGUCUAUAAAAGGAGCCAGCCUGUAUGUCCGAAUCAGUCACAUUAAAUUGUGGCAUAAAUGUGACCAAGCAGUUAAUUGUGCAGUUUUAUUGAUUUUUGGUUCUUUCUAGACAAAGAUCAGUCAAUAUAAAUCAAAUCCUGCACAUUCUCAAACCACACCUGCAAUGUAAAAAUAGUAUUUUGGCUUGGUUUUCUUUUAAAUUCAAUUUUAUUCGUCCAUUGUAAGUAACAUGGUUUUCAAGUGGUUAAUUCUCGUGCUUAAAGAAAUUCACUGGCCGUUUCCAAGGGCUAUUAAUUUGCUAGGUUUUCAGAAUACAGAUGUAGAAAUACUUCAUAUUGCGUGCCUCGCUCAAAAAAUGCUUACAUACACCCACCAUAAAGUGAGCUUAUAGGAGAAAUAAAAAUCUGCCACAUUACUGGCCCUUGGGUUAGACAAUUCUGCUAUUUUUGGUAUGCCUUUAUCAGAUUUGUUCUUUUGAAAGCAAAAAAAAAAUGACCUUUAAAGUGUUGUCAUUAUUCUGAACUUUAUUAAACACGGUAUACUAAAUAUUAA